GUUAUAUUUAUGUUUCCUUUAUGUAUAAAAAGGUUGACAAAUUGAUAAAUAAGUAAAAUUCAUCUUAAAUAAAUCAAAAGAAUUGUUUCUGGCACUUCAAACACAAUGCAACAAGCUAUUCAAGUGUACAUAAAAUUUCGUCCUUUGAUUCCUCGCGAAAUAAACGAAGGUUUGAGUCCAGUAUGGAGCGUGAAAGAGAAAAUAAUUAAAUCAAAUGACAAACAAUAUGAAAUGAAUUUCGAUCAUAUUUACGAUGAAACUAGAAGCACGCAAGAACUUUUUAAUGAUCUUGCAAAACCUAUUGUGUCAUCUUCGCUCAAAGGUAUCAAUGGGACAAUUUUCGCAUAUGGACAAACGUCUAGCGGAAAAACACAUACAAUGAUGGGAAGUGAGAGUAGUCCUGGAAUCAUUCCACUUACAGUUCAUGAAAUCUUUGAGCAAAUUGAAAAUAUUGACGACCGUGAAUUUCUUCUUCGAUUUGGCUACAUUGAGAUCUACAACGAAAAGAUUUACGACCUGCUGUUGGAUAAAAAGCCUGAAAUAACAAAGGUUCAAGAAUCAAGUAAUGGUGAACUUCAAGUGAAACAAAGAGAAAUUAUAGCAGUAAGCGAAGAACAAAUUCUUCAGAAUUACGAAGCAGGAAACCAAGCAAGACGAACUGGAGAGACAAGCAUGAAUGAGCGGUCAAGUCGAUCACAUACAAUCUUUAGAAUUGUUAUUGAAUCCAGAGAAGCUGGUAAAACAAGUGAAGAAUGUGCAGUUCAAGUUUCAAGUUUGAAUCUCGUUGAUCUUGCUGGUUCUGAACGUGCUGUUCAAACCAAAGCUGAAGGCGAUCGUCUUAAAGAAGGUGGCCACAUCAACAAAAGUCUUUUGGCGUUAGGCAACGUCAUAAGAACACUAAUGCAGAUUGACUCAAAUGCAGUUUACGUUAAUUAUCGCGAUUCUAAACUUACAAGGCUUCUCUCAGCUAGCAUUGGAGGCAAUGCAAUGACGAGAAUCAUUUGCACAGUUACACCUGCAGCACUCGAUGAAACUUAUUUCACUUUAAUAUUCGCGCAGAAUGCACAAGCAGUUAAAAACCGUCCAAAGGUCAAUGAAAUUCUUACUGAACAAGCUUAUAUAAAAAGAAUGGAACGAGAGAUUCAAGUUUUAAAAAAGCAGCUUGUUGAUGAAAAAUCUCGUGUUGAUAAUUGCCUUGCUCUUAAUAAAAUUCAAGAAGCUAUCAAUUUGCUCGAAAAACAAUUCCUUCAUUCACAUAAUGUGACAAAUAUGAAAGCAGUAGAUGUAAAUCGUCGUCGUACUUGGUGCCCAUCAGCAACUGUCAAUGAUUAUGGAGCUUUAUUAUCAACUGCUCCUCCAUCAAAUAAUUUUGAGUCAAGAGUGCCACCAUUUCUUCUCGACCAUUCUUCAAACAAGAAAUCGCCAUCGGCUGAAAAUAAUGACGGCAGCAGUAGUGAUGAAAUUUUUAAGCCUGCGAAUGAAAUAGAUCUUGACUUAUCACUAACUCCUAGAGCUUACAGUGAAGAAGAUUUGUGCAAUAUGAUCUCAACACCAAAAGCGUUUAAACAUUUACCUCAACAACCCACGCCUAUUAUUUCAAAGACUAUUACAACUGAAGAUUAUAAAGCUCAGAUUCGUUACUUGGAAGAGAACAUUGUUGAGCUAGAGGACUUCAAGAAAAUAGAAAUAAUCACAUUGAAACAAGCUUGUAACACUCUUGAAAACGAAGUUAAAGAGUCCAAAGAUCAAAUUUCUUCUUUAUUACUGAAAAAUGAAGGUCUUGAAAAGCAAAUAAGAGAAAAGGAAAACUCUGAACUUGAAGCUGGAAAAAUGAAAAAAGAUUGUGAAAGAGCUUGGAAUGACAAACAGUUAGCCGACAACAUUGUUGAAAGUAUAAAAUAUGAGUUUGAUGAGUUCAAAAAACGAGCAAAAUUACGUGAAGAUGAAUUAAUUCUGAGUUUAGAAGAAGCACGAAGUGAUUCAAAAGUUUCAAUCAUCAUAGAAAAAAAUAAAAUUUUAGAAGAGAAUCUCAAGAAAACUGAAGAAAAACUCUUUCAUCUCCAAUCAAAUGACGAAGUCAAAGCCUCAAUGGAUAAAAUAAAAGAAUUGGAAAAAAGUAUCGAAGAAACAAAGCUUGAGAACGAGAAACUUCAACUUAAAAUCGCUGAAAAGCAAAAAGAAUUGGUAAGAGUUUUUAAAGAAAAUGAAGACAUCUCAACACAACUUGUAAACUCUGUCGAAGACAAUGACAUCUUAACAAAGAAAGUUGAAGAGUUUGAAAAAAUUAAAUAUGAAAAUGAUUCUAACUCUAAGAGAUGUUUUGUCAUCGAGCAAAUUGCAAAUAAUUUCCAUGAUGAAACUGCUGCUGUUGAAACUGACGAUGGCAAUGAUCCAUUGAUUAAAUUCUUCAUUGAUUUAAAAUUAAAAUGGCUACAAUCGAUUAAAAACUUUGACGAGGUUUUAACAGAUGCUGAGAAGCUUCGCAAUGAAAAUCAAAACUUGAGAUUAAAGCUUCCAACAAUCCAAGAAUCAAGUAAAGAAUCUAUAAGUGAGUUGAGAGAUCAAUAUGAUUCAACUUUACUCCAGUUGCAAGAAAUGAAUCAACAUGUAGAACAGCAGAAGGCAAAGCUUGAAGAAGAUAAAAUUAAUAUAGAGAAGCUUAGUGAGGAAUUGAUGCGAUAUGUUGAAAGCAAUCGAGAAAUGAAAGAACAAAUCGAAAGUCUAAAACAAUUUAAACACGAGACAGAAGAGGCAGCGUCUGUCGCUAUUAUUAAUAAAGACAAACUUAAUCAAGAUAUUGAAGAAAAAGAUAUAAAAAUCAAGCAACUUGAAGAUGACAUGGCUGCGAAAGCAAAUGAAAUGACUUUAGAAAUUAUCGACUUAAAAGAUCAACUUAAAUCUGUUAUGUCCUUGGCCGAAGAUAAUGCGCGACUUAAGAAUAUCGAAAAAGAUUACAAGCGAGUCUCGAACGAGUUUACAGCUUUGAAGUCAAAGAAAGAGAAAGAAAUUGAAGAUCUGAACUUCAAAAUUGAAGAAAUCCAAUUAGAAAAUUCAAACAAAAAUGAGACAAUCGAGAGACUCAAACAAAAAAAUGAAAUGCAAUAUGAAAAGUUGCAAAAUCUGCAACACGAUGUCGAAGAAAACUCGCAACUUAAAAUAAAGAUUCUUGAUCUCGAAAUACAUUUAAAUGAUCUGCAAGAGCAACUUAAGCAAGUGGAGAAAGAAAAAAUGACUGAGUCAACUUCAACAAAUGCAACAGAGGAGUUUGAAGCACUUGCAACAUCAGCGAUCACUGAAGAAACUGAAGAAUUGCGUAAUAAAUUGAAGUUGAUGGAAGAUAAAUUAGCAACGCUUGAGUUAAGUUUGAAAGAUCGGGAAAUGUUGCUGAAAGGAAACGAGGAAGUUAUUGCGAAUUUAACAAAAGAAGUUGAAGAAGAAAAAGCUUCAUCUGAAAAAACUGUCACUGAAAAGAAUCUACUUGAAGAGAAAUUAAAUGAGCAACUCUCAACAGCUAAUAAAUAUGUUGAAACAAUUCAAAAGGAACUCAAAGAAGUAACAUUUUCCGCUGAAUCAUAUUUCGGUGAGCUUGAAGUGUAUAAACAGAAAUUUGAUGAAAUCAAAACUCAACUGAAGAUGAAAGAAGAAUGCAAUCGAAUCUUAGAGACUCACAUUGCAGAUAAGAAUCAUGAAAUUGAAGAAUUGCAAAAUAAUAUUAACAACCAAACAACGAAUGAUGAUGACAAAAAAGUGGAAAAUUUGCUGAAAGAAUUGUCAGAAGUUCGAGAGAAAAACCUUGAAUUGGAGAAGAGUCGAAGUGAAAUUGAAGAUGAUUUAAAGAAUCUCACGAAAGAAAAGACGUUGAUAGAUGAGGAACAAAAAACUACUAUAGAAAAACAAACAUGUAUGUUGAACCAAAUUAAUCAACAAAAAGAAGAAUUGGGAAGGUUUACAUCAGAAGUUGAGUCACUUAAAUCAGAGCUCGAUAAAGUUCUCGCUGAUAAAUCGUCACUCGAUGAAGAAUUUAAGUCAUUGCAAAUUAAAAUCGAUUCAAUUUCAACAGAACUGAAGGAAGUAAAAACAACAUCUAAAGAUUUCCAAUCAACAAUCACAAAACUCGAUGCUGAAAAUACAAAUUUGAAAUCCAAAGAACUUGUCAUCAUGAGAGACAUCGAAUUGGUACGUCAACAACUUCAAGAGCGAACUGAGGAAUGCGAACAAAUUAAACUUCGUCAAAAGCGUCGUUCGACUGACACUGAGAAAAUUAUUCUUGGAUUGGAAAAAGAAAACUCUAAACUCACUCAAACAAUUGGUGAAAUUGAAGCAAAGAAAGUGAUCACUGAAAAAGAAUUGAAAAGACUUCAAAGUGAAUAUUCAAAUGAUGUCGAAAAUCUCCAAAUUGAAAAUGAAAAGUUGAAGAUUGAAUGUAGUGAUAAUGAUGUCAAAUAUACGAUUCUUGAUGAGACGCUUUCACAAUUACGAGAAGAAAAGUCAAAACUUGAGAUGGAAUUGAUGAAGAGCAAUAAAAGUCUUGAUAAACAAAUCACUGAACUUCGCGAAAUGACUGCCAGAAAAGAAUUAGAAAAUUCUAAUCUCUUAAAAACAAUCACGAAAUUGACAGAAGAUCACGAAGCUUUGUUUUAUCAAUUCGAGGAACUUAAGAAGUCUAAAAAAUCAUCACCUGAGAAACGAAAUGAACUUUUUGCGUCUCAUAAUGAGUUGUUGGUUCUUGAUGGGCCACAUCGUGGAACACCAAAAAGAUCAACAGAGAAGGAAUGUCAGCGGAAACAUCGGCGACAAAGUGUUCAUGACGAUAAUCGUCGCUUGUCUGCUUGGGAACGUUUUUCAAGUGUCGAUACACAAACUGAUAAUGUCAGCGAAAUGUGUGCGUGUUCAGAGUUGACUGCCAAAGUCAAAGAGCUGCAAAUCGAGGUUCGCUUACGUGAAUGCAAGAUUUCAACAUUAGAACGAUUUGAACGUCACAAUCCUCUAAAACUUGAUCUUGAUGAUGCAAAGAAAAUGCUGGCCAAGGAACAGCGUGAACAUAAACAAACUAAAUCUAAACUUGAGACAAUUUCAAGAAAGUUAUCUGACUGUGAAAUUGAACUUAAAGAGUUGGAGAAGGUUGCAAAAUUAUUGAAAGAGGAGAACAAAUCUAGUCAAAAGCAUGGUGAUAAUUUUGUAGCAAAAACUGAAUAUGAGCAAAUUGAGAGAAAUCUGGAUGAAUUUAAACGAUUAUGUCGUCAACAAGAAGAGAAGAUUAACGAUCUGGAAAGUGUUCUUGAAACGAAAGAAAAUAUGUCCAAGAAUGUCGAAAAAACUCAAGAAAUUGUUACGAUUAAAGCUGAAAAUUCCAUUCUUAAAAAGAAAAUUCAAGAGUAUGAAGAGAAAGAAAAUCAAAUCGAGACUGAAGACAAUGGAAAUGAAAUAGCAAAAGUACAGAAAGAACUUGACAUUGUUAGAAAAAAGUACGACAUGGCACGACGAAUAUGUGCUCUUCGAUUGGACGACAUGGAAAAGUUAAAAGCUGAUGUCACUUCCUUAAGUGAAGCUUACGAAAAAAAGCUGAUCGAGUCAGAAACGCUUGCAGUGAAAUAUCAAAAGUUGAAGACAACAUAUCAAAAACAAAGCAACAAAUUUAUAGAAAUGCGGGAAAAAUGUAACUGCGGCGGUGAUUCUGAAGGUGGAAAUCCCAGAAAUUAA